AUCUGUCAUUUUAUAAAAUUUUCCCCACUAUUUUUUUUUAAUAUCAAAAAUGAUAUCAAACUGUGAGUUAGCCUCACGACUGCUGUCGGUUAUCCUCUAAAAGUCUAAAACAUGCAAUAAAUUGAAAAAAAAAAGCAGAAGUACUGGUUGGCCAUAAGUGAAGUGUUUAUUUUAUUUUUAUUUUCAUUAUAAUUUUUUAAAUAAUAGGAUAAAGUUUGUAGCAAGUGUAACAUAUUUAAAAUUAAAGCACAAUUUGACGUGUGUCACAAAUUAAUCAUCAGUGUUGUUUAUUAAAUUUUAAUUUACAUAUUAAUACGUAUGAACAAUACAGUUAUUAAUAUUAUUUAAUGAAUAAUAAUAAUAUUGUAAAUUAAAUUGUGUGUGUGGUAUUAAUGCCAAAGCAUUUGUGUUCCGACGUCGGGCGUCGGUAUGACGCAAGUGCGAGAAGGUGCGCGAAAGGCGCAGUGAUCUGUGCGGAAACAAGUACGACAUAAAAUUAUAUAUUUUUAUUUUUUAUUUUUUUUUUUAAGUUUUUUAUUUUUGUCAUUAUUGUUAUUUAAAUAAACGUCAUUGUGUGUUGUGUUUGUGUAUGUGGGUUUAAAUACAAUGGAGUCCAUCAGAAAAUGGUUUUACAGGCCAAAGAGAGAUGAUACAAGUUUAUUGGCUCAAUUUUUUUAUGCAAAUGAAGCAUUAACAGCAGUUGCAUGUGAACUGGAUUCAUUUGAUGGACGUCAAGAGCCAGAACGUUGUACAACACUUGUUAAUCAACUUCGUCAUUGUCAAGAUAAAGUAUUGACAAUAUGUAAUCAAAUAAUGGAUGAAUUAAUACCAGAUAGUCGAGCAAAUCGUGAUUUUAGAGUUAAAUUUCCUGAUGAUGUUAUGCAAGAAAAUUUAGCUGGACAAUUAUGGUUUGGUGCUGAAUGUCUUGCUGCUGGUUCAUCAAUAAUGAAUCGUGAAGUUGAAAGUUCAGCAAUGAGACCACUUGCUAAAGCACUUACAAAAUCACUUGAAAUUGUUAGAAAUUUAUUGAGAGAACAUGCACUCAAAGGUCACAUGAAUCUCAAGGCACAAAAUCCAUUAGAACCAUCAUUGGAAAAAUUAAUUGAAUCAUUAAAAAUAUUUGAUCGUUUAUUUGCUGAUUUUGAAUUAUGUUAUGUUGCUGCAAUGGUACCAGUUAAAUCAACUAAAGAAUAUGAACAACAAGAACUUGUUUGUGUAUUAUUUUCUGAAACAUUACAACGUGCACUUGAACGUGGUUUAUUAAAUCAAGCUGAUGUUGAUAAUUAUGAACCAGCACUUAUGUUUACCAUUCCAAGACUUGCUAUUGUAUCGGGUCUUCUUGCAUCACCUGGUGGUCCACUUUGUUUAAAUUCACCUGAUACAAUUAGUGAAAUGUUUAGACCAUUUAGAAAUCUUUUAUUAAAAAUACGUGAAUUAUUAUGGACAUUAAAUAAUCGUGAAUUAUAUAUGCUUGAAAAAUUAUUAUGUUCAAAUGAAGAACCAACAGCACCAAUAUCACAAACAAAUAAAAAUUCAUGUCAACAAGAUCUUGAAGAAUUUGUUCAUAAUUUUUAUACUGAUUAUCCAUCUUGUAAAGAUUUUAUUGUUGAUUUUUACACUGUUACUAAAAAUACUGGUACAAAUAUGGAUGAAACAGCAAAUGAUGCUGUUGAAACAAUUGAUCAAGAUAAUCAUGAAAAAAUUGAAUAUUUAAUUGAAAGAAAAUUACAACCAGAAAGAGAUAAAAAUAAACGUAUUAAAAAACAAAAAAUUACAAAAAAUGAUAAUAUUAAUAAUAUUUGUGUUAAUGAAAUAUCAUCAAAUUCAAAUGAUAAUAAUAAUCAUCAAGUAUUGGGUAUAUUUGAAGAAAAUAAUAGACAUGAUAAUAGUGAACAGAGUGAGCUUAAUUGUCAAAGAAUUGUUGAUACAAUAAUUAAUCAUAAUGAUAAUAGUAAUAAUAAUAAUAAUAAUACAAUAGUAAUUAAUGAAUGUCCUAGUAGUAGUAGUAGUAGUGGUAGUAGUAAUGGUGGUGAUAGUGGUAGUAAUAAUGGUGGUGUAGGUGUUAGUGUUAGUGAUACUCAUCAAAAUAAUAAUAGUACACGUAGAAAUGAUAAUUUUUUAAGUUCUGAUAUAUCACAAAUACUUGGUACAACAGAAAAUAUUGAAAUACCACAAACUCAAUAUUUAUUAAAUCAAGUAUCACAUGAAAAUAAUGUUACUGGUGAAACAAUAAAUAUUGAAAAUUCACUGCCUGAUAUGGAUUCACGUAAAUUAAUAUCUGAAGCAAAUAAAACAUUGUCAAAUUUAUUACUUGAAGGUGAAUGUCAAAAUGAAAUAUCUGAACAAACUGAUUCUGGUAUUUGUACUGUAAUAUCAUCAGAAAAUACAAGUUUAUAUGAUAAAAGUCCAGAAGAAAAAAAAACAUUUACAAAUAUUAUUAAUAAUAAUGUUGAUAAUGAUAAUGAUAAUAAUGAUUUUGAUGAAACACCAUCGUCAUCUUCAUCAACAUCAUCAUCUUCAUCUUCAUCUUCGUCUUCAUCAUCAUCUGGUAAUAUUUAUAAUAAAAAAAAUGAUUGUGAAAUAAAUAAUGAUAAUUGUGAUGUUGAAAGUAUUAAAAAUAAUGAGCUAGAUAAUAACCAAAUUGAUAAUAAUAAUACAAAUCAAAAUAAUAAUUUUGAUAGUAUUGAAACAUCAAAAAAUAUUGAUUGUAUAUCAUCAAAUUUUAAUGGGACCAAUGAAGAAUUUGUUGGUAUUGCAUAUGGUAAUGGACAAAUAUCAGUAUGUGAUUCAAAUCCAUCAACAUUUCAAAUAAAUUAUUCUGAAAAUUGGGAAAAUUUAAAUAUAAAUAUUGAUAAUAAAAAUGAUACUGCUAAAGAAUUUUGGAAUGAUAUAAAAUGUAAAAAUCAUCCAUCAACAUCACAUGAUAUUAAUAAAAUAAAUAAUUAUACACAAGAAAGAAUAUCAUCACGUAGAUUAAAAGAUACAAAAGGUAGUGGUAGUGGUAGUGGUAGUAAAAAAAGACAUCAUCAACGUAAAUUUGAUAGAAAAAUUGGUAAAAGAAAUUAUGAUGAUACACAUAGAAGUUUAUCAUGUAAUGUUAGAACAUUAAGAUUAGCACAAAGUACUGAAAGUUCAAGAUCAAAUUCAACAGAUCGUUGUUUAAGAUUAUCAACAUUUGGUGCUAGUUUACAUCCAAGUCAAAAUACAAGACAAAUGCCUAAUUUUGGUAGUCAUAGUCCACAAAGAAGUCCACGUUUAUGUCAUUUUGAACCACGUAAUGAUAAUUAUACAAUGAGAAAUUAUAAUUUUGGUCAUAGAAAUCAUACAAAUUCAUCAUCACCACAAAAUCGUAAAUUACUAGAUCAUAGACGUUCAAGAUCUGAACAAAUUGCUAAAAUGCGUAAACGUGAUAUUAUUGAUAAAAAAGAAAAUAAAACUAAAAAUAUUAAUAUUGAUAAAAGAAAAAAAAUUAAUAAUAAUGAUAUUGAUAAACAUGAUAAGCUACCAAAUGAUGGACUUGGACCAAGAACAGAUAAAAGUGGAUUAUCAUUAGAAUCACCAACAUCUGAUAAUAUUGAUACAACAAUUGAACAUCAUCAUCAUCCUCAUCAUCAUCAUAAUCAUGACGAUACAAUAAGACAAAGAAAAAUUGGUAAUCUUGUUAAUCCAAAUGUUAUUGCUAGAGCAACAGCACCAGUACUUGAAUUAGCACUUAAUCGACAUGACAUACCAUCAAGUUCAAGUUGUUCAAGUUGUUGUGACUCAAGUUCUGAGACAAGUGAAUUUCAAAGUGAUUGUCAGGAUGAUGAAGAAAUUGCACUUGCAAUGCAAGCUGCUGAAAUUGCAAAUAGAAAUCAAGUUAGAGCUAAAUUUCGAUCAUCUGAAGAUCUUGUUCAUAGAUUAUUUGUUUGUAUUGCUGGAGUUGCUGAUCAAUUACAAACAAAUUUUGCAUCUGAUUUACGAAAUAUUUUAAAAUGUGUUUUUCUUAUGAAUAGCACAGAAAUUGAAGCUAAUGAAGAACAAUUAUUAUCCAAUGAAUCAAGUCCAACAGAUGUUAUUGAAAACACAGAAAUACCAGAAAGAAAUAACACCAAUAAUAACAAUAAUAAUAAUAUUGAAAGACAAAAUUCAUUGGGAGAAGAUGAAGAGGAUGAACUUGAAGAUACAAUGUCAAAUAAUGAAAGAACUUCACCAGUGACUGAAUGCGGUGAAGAAUGUGUCGAGAGAGCACCCGCAUGGAUACCUGACAAUGACGCACCAAGAUGUAUGGCAUGUCAUGCUGGUUUUACUGUUGUUAGACGCAGACAUCACUGCAGAAAUUGUGGAAAAGUAUUUUGUGGUAGAUGCAGUAGUAAUAAUGUUCCAUUACCACGUUAUGGACAUACUAAACCUGUAAGAGUUUGCAACAGGUGUUUUCUAUAUCAAGUUACACCAUUUACAGUAUCACAAGUGACAACAAGUUGAACAUCUCUAUUUUCACUUACAAACUAAAUAUUUACCAAAAAACAAACAAAUAAUAAAAAAGCAACAAAGUGUCGUUGACGAUUGUUUGAUUAGACUUUUAUUUUUUUUUAUUUAUUUAUAUUUCAAUAUUAUAUAAACAAAAAAACAAAUUAUAAACUUUAAUUCUUGAAAAAAACAAAAAAUGGCAAAGAAAAAAAAAUUAUUAAAAGUACAUACAAGUUUUAUGAAAAUAAAAUUAAAAUAAGCAUCACAAACUGCCUAUACCGGAUUGAAUCAACCGGGUGAAUGAUGAUGAAAAAAAUAUUCAACAAGAUUUUAAAGAAUUUCGAAUUUUUCAUGAUAAAUAAAUGCAUAAUGAGUGUAUUUUUUUUGUGCCAAAUUCAGGAGACAAUAAGCC